AUGUGCACUUCUAUAAACAUGUUUCGAACUGUUCAAAAUAUUAUUACUUCAAGAGGUUUGCGAAAAAAUUGUUGUUUUAGUAGUAUAACACAAUCAGGAUUAUAUAAUGAGAACUUAAAUACGAUCAAAAAAUUACGAAAAGCUACAAAUUUAUCAAUAGGUAUAUGCAAAAAUAUUUUAAAUAAAAAUGAUUAUAAUGUAGAGAAAAGUAUAGAUUACAUAUUUCAAAAUUUGAAUAAUAAUUAUGAGAACAAAGAAAUGAAAAUAACAGAAGGAUAUUACUGUUUAAGGAAUAAAGACAAUUUGGUAGGCAUAACUGAAUUGAGUUGCUAUAAUGAUUUAAUUUCAGAAAACAUAUAUUUUAAAGAGUUAUUAGUUAAUAUAUGCAAUGCCUUAUUAAGCAGUGCUACUAAUAAUAUAAAUAAAGCAACAAAGGAUAUAAUGUCAAAUAAGGAAAUGAUUACAAAUUAUAUACGUCUAAUCUAUAAAAAUAACCAAAUAGCUUGUGAUAAGAAUUUUGAAAGUGUUGAUGAUAUAGACAUUUAUAAUAAAAUAUACAUUAAUAGAAGUAUUAAAGAAUUAAUUGAUUAUACUUCUUACGUUUUAAAUCAUUAUAUACUUUUUCGAAAAAAUUUAAUACUUAACAUGGAAAAUAUAAAUAAUAAUGAAAAAAUAUAUAUUGUAAAAAAAAACUACCAUCAUAAGGAAAUUAAAAUAGACAAUUUUAUUUUAUGUAAAGGAUUUUCAUUUAGUUUUUUAACAGUUAAAUUUAAAGAACAAAUUAAUGAAGAAACUAAAUUAAUAUUAGAAAAGUUAGCUAUCCUUAUAUGCAUAAAUAUAUUAAUACAUAAACCAAAGUAUUGCUCAAAAUCAUAUAAUUUAGAUAUUAGUGAUUAUUUUCAACAAUACUUUAUUAAUUCAACUACCAAACAAUUAAAAAUCGACGAAAAAAAAAAUGAUAAUAAAUCGCUUGACGAUUUUUUAUUAAAUAAAAUUGAAUCAUUUCAUAUAAUAAGUGAUCAUUUAAAAAAACUACCUCACGAGAAGCUAAAAAAUAUGGCAAUGGAUAAUACAACAUUUGUGGAAUUAAUAUCUCUAUUAGAGCAAGAAUUGAACAUUGAAAUUUAUAUUAAUAUGUUAUAUUCUAUGGUUAACGAAGAUAUUGUUAUUUUGUAG